UCUUCCAGAAGCAAUACUAAUACUGUUAUAUACAAAAAAAAUAUUUGAAACAGAAAUUCUUUGUUUAUCAAAAUGCCAUUUCCAAGGCAUUUAGUUGAACCAAAACACCUUUGCCAAGGAUUACAAAGAAAGGGAGAAAAUGAACGAGUAACUUUACAUGAAUAUAGUAACUUGAUUCUAGCCAACUUCAUCAGACAGCUUGCUACACUCUCUGGUCAAGUAGACCAAAUAUUUGGAACACUAUUAAAUGAAAGCGCAAAUUUAACUACGCGUUUGAAGGACGUAAAAUCCCGUUUGGAUAAUGUUGAACAAAAAGUUAAUGAACUGGAUUCACUUAAAGAAGAAGUUGGUGUAGCUUUUGGAAGAGAUAAAAGAGUUGUUUAUAAGUUAAUAACCGAACGAGGAAGGUUUUAUCAGUCUGACCAGAACAUGGAAACAGGAUUAUUUAUGCAAAAUGGGCAACCGAUUGAAGUAACUACUUUACGAGAAACAGCCGAAGCAUUGCCUAAGUUACAUGAACUUGAUAAAUUUCGAACUGAUAAUAAACAAGGCAGUAAAAUCUAUUCGAAUCCGGACUUAUUUUUCAUGGCAUGGCAAGAUUCAUUGCAACAAAUGAUAGCCGAGCAACAAAAUAAAUCAGACAUGAAAGCCAAGCGAACAGUGCGACAAACACGUUUACGAAGAGUGAAGCGAGCAAAAGCAAGUCGGAUAAUUAAUGCUCAAAAAUUAAAAAUGGGAGUCGAAUUCAUCCCACAAGAGAAGAAUCCAGCGGAAGAAGAAGAUGAAUAUUUCACUGAUGAAGAAUGGUCAAGCAGUGAGGAUGAAAGAGAAUCCGACGAAAAAAUUGUGAAUGGAAAUGUAUCAGGAGGAACAAGCUAUUUGGAAAUACCAUCAUCAAACGAAACAAAUUUCCUGCCGCCACCCCCGACUCCUCCUUCGAUAAUGAACGGGGAAUCAGCAAGUAGAGAGUAUAACUUUGAAGACAUUGACAUACCAGCUCCAGAUGAAAACUUUCCUGCACCGAUUUCACUCGACUCUUUGAAAAUUAAUGGAGAUUUUCCGCCCCCUAUGCAAGACUACUCUGGCAUAUCAGCAGACUAUGAUAUACAAACUGCAUUGAAUUCAAUGAAAUCAGUACAAUGGGGAAAUACAUGAUACAUCAAAAGCAGACUACAAUGCAGACUCAGCAUAGUUACAAAUGGCUAGAAGAGGUCAAAGUUCAAAGUCAUCUCGAUCAAACUAUACAAUAGUAGAAAAUAUAAUUUAAUAUUGCUUGCCAUGGGAAGAAGUAUUUUAUUAAGAAGAUAUCUGGAAGAAGUGACACUCGUGUAACUGAAUUCAGGGAACACUAUGAAGAAAACAAUCCAAUCAUAUAAGAGAAAACCCUGGAAAUUUUCAAAAAUUUCAUUGACAGUAUACAAUUGCCACUAUUCGAGGGAAAAGAAGAGCUUGGAAGUUGGAAUGCUUGGAACCCAUCAAUAUAUUGAAAAUAAAAAAAAAUUUCAGUCUAACAAGAGUAUGUGGGAAAACACAAUGUGAGAAAACACUCGUAAUACCAAGCCAACAAGUUUUGGGAUUGCUACAAACCAUUCUUUCAAUCCAUGACUCAUAACUUGCAAACAUAUUUCAAUCCAUGAUCGUGCAAGUAUCAUGCAACUUUGAUGAAACUUGGAUUCAGCAUUUCAAUAUUGAACAAUUCAGUUGCCUAUUUGUCAUUUUUAUUUGAAAUAUUUUGCAACUACUCAAUAAAAUUUAUAAACUAUAUAUUACUUUGCUUCGAACUAAUUCAUAUUAAAAAAUAAACUCAAUAAUCUGA